AUGCCAGAGUAUGCAAAGUUCCUUAAGGAUCUCCUAACAAAUCGAAAGAAGAUAUGGGAGGUGUCUAGAGUAGUACUAAAUGAAACUUGCUCAUCUGCUAAUGUGAACAUGCUACCAAAGAAGAUGGGUGAUUCAGGUAGUUUAACACUUCCAUGCCAAUUCAAGAAUCUAGCCACAAGCCAUGCUCUAGCCGAUUCGGGAGCAAGUGUUAACUUGAUGCCAUAUUCAUUCUUCAAGAAACUUGACCUCCCAGAACCAAUACCAAUCCACAUGGACAUUCACUUAGCCAAUAAAAUGGUGACCUUUCCAAGAGGAAUUUGUGCAGAUUUAUUAGUUAAAAUUGACAAGUUUGUUUUUCCCAUAGAUUUCAUUGUUCUAGACAUGGAGGAAGACGAACAAGUACCAAUUAUUAUUGAAAGGCCCUUUUUGAGCACUGCCUGA